AUUUGGCGCCUUUGUGUCCCGCCUUAUUCUGACGUCAUAUUCAUGCGACCACAUUCAAACGCAAUAGCGGUGGACCAAAAGCGUAUAGAGUGAAAAUAGUGAUAAAAAGCCACAAUAAACCGCUUUCUCCGUAUAAAAUGGGUCCGAUUGAGCUCCUGCACAUGUCGGUGUUCUCACAGAGUUUCUCUCCCUGUGCUCGGUUUUUAGCAGCUGGGAAUAACUAUGGCGAGAUCUCUGUGUUCAGCCUUUCAGCUGCUCUGAGUCCUGAUGCGACAGACUCGAGUCGGAAACCCGUCCUUACCUUCAGCGCCCAUGAAGGACCGGUCUUCUCACUGCUGUCCACAGACACACACCUCCUCAGUGCAGGGAAUGGAGAGAUCAGUGCCUGGAGCUGGGCAGAGCUCAUCAAGAAGAACCCUAAAGCUGUUUGGACAAAGAGACCUGAUUACAAGACCAGUUUGGAAAUCCCUGAGAUCAACGACAUGAAGCUCAACAGCAGAGAUAACAGCUUGGUGAUCGGUGGGGGAGACAACAACAUCCACAUCAUGGACAUGGAAACUGGAACCUUCAAGUCAGUUCUCCAGGGUCACACAGAUUAUAUUCACUGUUUAUCUCUGAGAGAGAGAGAGGGAGAGAUCCUGUCAGGAGCAGAGGACGGAGCUGUGAGAAUGUGGGACUGGCGGACGGGCAACAGUGUGCACUGUGUGGAGGUUUAUAAAUACCAGGAAUGCGCUCGCCCCCAGUACGGGAAGUGGAUCAGCUGCCUGGCGACGGAUUCUGAUUGGAUGCUGUGUGGUGGAGGCCCCGCCCUCUCUCUGUGGCAUCUCCGCUCCAUGUCUCCCACCUCCAUAUUUUCUCUGAGUGGCUGUCAGAGGGAGGCCGUGUUUCACCAGGACCUGAUCUUUGCAGUGGGUGAGGGUUCACAUGUGUCUCACUGCCUGCUCGGAGGAAGUGUGAAGGCCCAGAUCCCCUGCACACCUCCAUCUCUGAACACACUCGCCCUGAACCUGAGCACCACUGAACACCGGGUGAUGACUGUUGCAGGCAGCAGCAAUCAGAUCGAUGUUUUCACCAACUUCUCCUACAGAGCCUUCUCUCUGUCCUUCUGAACAUCUCACACGUUCCUCAGAACUCGCUCUGUCUGCAAACGUCGCUCUAACACCAGGUCGCUUCAGAAAUUAAAGCAGCAGUGUGGAAUAAUCCCAACCCCCUGCUGCCUGUAAGACCCCCUCCUUAAGGGCUGUAAGCUAAUUUUAAACAGAGGCAUGGACUGUAUGAACAUAUCACGCACCGUGUUCUAAAGAAGGUUGAACGUGAUUUGUGUGUGUGAGUGUGUGUGUGUGUGAUUUCUCUGUAUUUACAUGAAAAUAAACUUUCUUUAAAAACACA